AUGAGAAAUCAGAUAGACCUGUUGGCUGCUGUCACAGUUUUGGGAGUCCUGGAGCAAGCCUAUUUUGUGCUGCAGGUGAUCUAUGCCCGAAGGAAGCACAAGAUCUCCCCUCCUGAGACAAGAGGUCACCCCGAAUUUGAGCGGAUCUUCAGAGCUCAGGUGAAUUGCUCAGAGUACUUCCCGAUCUUCAUCUCGCUCCUCUGGGUUGCUGGAAUCUUCUUCCAUCAAGGUGUGGCUGCGGCAUGUGGGCUGCUGUACCUCUACACCCGCUUCAAGUAUUUCCAGGGAUACGCCGUGGAUGCGCAGGGACGAUUGAGGCCGCUGUAUGCCAGCACCUGGCUGCUCUGGCUGCUGCUGGGGCUGGCGGGGGGCGCACAUUUCCUGCUGCCCCGCUCCUCCACAUGGACGGCAGCUCUGGCACAGCCCCUCCAGCUACUCGGUGCCUGGUGA